GAGCAAAAUCGCUAUUUCUCUCUCUCUCUCUCUCUCUCUCUUGCUCAACCAACUCACUUCAUCUCCCUCGACGAUGAAUCACCAUUUGAGCGGCGCCUAAUCCAUAGUUUGAUCUAGCUUCGCCUUUUUCAUUAAUCAACCUCUCAAUCACUCGCUCAAUCUACCUUUCGCAACUCGAUUUCUCACUGUCGUUUUUCCAAACCCUAAAAAAUGUCGGGAGGUUUCUUUCGGGGUACAUCGGCCGAGCAAGAUACUCGAUUUUCAAAUAAGCAAGCGAAGUUGUUGAAAACGCAGAAGUUCGCUGCUGAACUCGAACAUUUGGUUGAUAUUACGAAAGUGAAAAUGGACGUCAUUAAGCCUUGGAUUGCUAAGAGAGUGACCGAAUUUCUUGAAGGAUUUGAAGAUGAAUUGCUCAUUAACUUCAUCUAUGGUCUUCUUGAAGGAAAGGAGGUUAAUGGAAAGCAGGUCCAGAUUCAACUAACUGGUUUCAUGGAAAAGAAUACUGGUAAAUUCAUGAAAGAGCUUUGGGCCCUUCUUCUCAGUGCCCAGAAUAAUGCUAGUGGUGUUCCCCAACAGUUCCUGGAUGCUAAGGAGGAGGAAACUAGGAAGAAAAAGGAAGAAAAUGAUCGUAUCUUUGAUGAAAUCCAGAGAAGGAAAGAGAAGGAAGCUAAAGAAUCUGAGCAAGAGAAGGAGAGGCAAAUGGAUGAUGGGCUUGACAAAAAUUCUACUGAGGAAUCAAAUAGAAGAAGAGAACGAGGUCUUGCUGUGCAAUCUGGAGACGAGAAUGGAGCUAAUGUGAGAAAUGGUUUUAGAGGAAGAUCCAGGGCAUCCAAGUCACCUUCUGAUCGUUCCCAGUCACCUCAUCGAGAAAGAAGUAUUUCAAGGAGCAUCUCUGGUUCUCCUAGGGAAAAAAAGCGAUCAGUUUCUCUUGAAAGGAGACACCGUUCGCCCCGAAGAUCUGUCAGUCCCAGGGGACAGUCUGUCCGACAGUCCGUAUCUCCAAGACGGAGGUCUCAUUCUAGAAGGCGAUCUUCAUCACGUACGCGUUAUAGAUCUCCAUCUCCUAUGAGGCGUAGAGUUCGCUCCCCAGUACGUAGAAGGUCACGGUCACCCCUUCGGCGCCUAUCACCUUCUCCAACCAAGAGGUCACCUUCUCCCUUAAGGCGUACAUCACCUUCUCCCUUAAGGCGCCGGUCACCUUCUCCCUUAAGGCGUCGGUCACCUUUACGGCGUCGGUCUCCUCCUAGGCGGCGGCGUUCACCCUCUCCUUGGCGUAGACGAUCACCAUCUCCUGGGCGACACCGAUCCCCUUCUCCUGUUCGCCGUCGUAGGAGGAGAUCCACUUCAAGUCCGAGGUCCAGAUCUCCAGUUCAGCGUAGGCCUCCUUCUCCUAUUCGACGUCGAUUCCAAUCUCCUGUCAGAAGGUCUUCCUAUCCAGUCCGACGUAGGUCUCCAUCUCCUGCUCAACGUAGGUCUCCAUCUCCUGCUCGACGGAGGUCUCCUUCGCCUGCUCGACAUCGGCCCCCAUUGCCAAGGGGACGUAGAUCUCUAUCUCCUGUUGAGCAUAGAUCUCUAUCUCCUGUUCGGCGCAGGUCACCUGUUCCAGCACGUAGGAGAUCACCAACUGCAUCUCCAAGCAGGUCUCCUUCACUUGCCAGUCGAAGUUCUGGGUCACCCGUCAGGCGUAGUUCUGCUUCACCAGCUAAAAUGAGAUCACCCGGGCUUCAGAAAUCCCCCAGUGGAUCUCCCAGAGAAAGAAACAGAAUUCAGGAGCCUGCAAUCAUGGCACGUAAGCACCUUAUUUCACUGUCACCCCAGAGAGAUAAUUCGAAUAGAAAACAUUCACAGAGAAAAGAGCCAUCUAUGUCACCUCCACCACAGAAGUCUCCCUAUGCGGUGCCACCACAAAACCGUACUAGGAGCUCUGGUGAAGAUACGAGGUUGGCCAGCUCAUAUGGCAGUUCUGGAAAUAAAGCUGGGGAGAAAAUUACUCUUAAUGUAAGUCGAAGUCCUACUAGAGUGAGAGACCAAAUAGUUCAUCAUGACAGCCCAGUAUCAAGUGAAGAGAGAUCUCGAAAAGACAGGGAGUAUGAGGAUAAGUUGAAGUUAGAAGAAAGAAAACCUGCACGCUCAUCCGGUGGCAAGCGAAAGGAGUCUCCUAAACGGCCUGCCAGCUAUCAAAAUCGUGACACUGCUGAUGCAAGACGGGAGGAUGCUGAGAUGUUGAGUGAAGAGGCUUCUCUGAAGGAAGUCCGUGCUGCAAAAAACUCACCACGUAGAGGUUCUCUGUCGGGUGAGAGGUCUGAAGUAUUAUAUCCUGGGGAUGUUUCCAAGUUGGACAGGACGAGAAACUCCCAACAGAAAGAUGUUAGGGACAACACCUUGUCUGACUCCUUAGUGAGUCCACAUAAAAAACGCAGAAGUCCUAGUGUCGAUUCUGAUUCUGGAUCUGAGGAAAGUGGGAAGCAUAGAGCGGUUUCUGAAAAGAGGAAGCAUAGAAGGUCAAGGCGACGAGAGGUAGCGUCGGAUGAUUCUAGUUCUGAAUCUGAGAUGGAGGAUAGAAAGGAAGCUAAAAGAAAAAAGAAAGAAGAGAAGAAAUUACGUAAAGAGGAGCGACGUAGGCGCCGUGAGGGGAGGCGUCAGAGGAAAGAGGAAAAGCGAGCUAGUAAACGAAGGCGAAAGUCCAAAGAUGUUGAUGCUUUGUCUUCUGAUGUGGAAAACAAUGAGAAGGAUGUCAAUGCUUCCAAUGGUGAACGUCGUUCAAGGAAGUAUUCAAGUGAUGAAGGAGAGAUGGAAUCGCAAAAAAAGAAGCUUGAGAUUGAGCUACGUGAAAGGGCUCUUGAGUCACUGAGAGCAAAGAAAGGCAUUAGUCGUUAAAUAUAUAUUGCUGAACUUCCGUUUACUUAUAUGCAACUCUGAACAAUUAGUUUUGGUUCUGUUUUGUUUCUGCUACGGUGUACUUUAUAUAUUUUAAUCCUCUAAAUGUAGUCGAUAUAUCUUUAAUGUGGUCUGUGUUUUGCUGCUGGCAGUUGAAAUGGAUAGUUGAGGAUUUCCUGA